GCGGUUUACUCCGCCGAAAAUGUUGCUGGAGUUUUGUAGUAGCGUCCAGAUUCGUGUGUGACGAUCACAAAUUGCGAGAGUGUGGGAUUAGAGGACGAUGCGUGACAGCUGAGCCCCGCGUGACGACACUUAUUUCUCAGAUUUUGGACAUCGCCUUGACCCCACUCCUGCGUUGCUGACAUGAUGGAGGUAGCAGGCCCGUGGACUGAGGUUUUCGAAGGCUCGGAUAGAAACGGCUCCCCAGAAGAAGAAUCUUUUUUGAGAGGCUCCACCCUGACCCUGGCUCCUCUGGUCUCUGAAUCUGCCUCAGUGCGACGCUCACAGCCCAUCCUCAUCUCUGGAAACAGAACUCGAGGUGUAGAGGCCUUUUCUUCUUCAGUUCCUUCAAUACCCAACCCUUUUCCAGAGCUGUGCAGCCCAUCAAAAUCAGCUGUCAUCAGCUCCCUGCCGCCCUCCGCAGGCAACAAACACCUGAUAAAGGUGUACGGCGAGGACAGCCACAGCCGGUCUGUGUGGGUCAGUCCUGAGGCCACAGCCCGAGAUGUGUGUCACAUGUUGGUUCAGACGGCCCACUGCAGUGACCAGGAGAACUGGGCUCUCCUGGAGGUGCACCCUGCUCUGGGCCUAGAGAGGUGCCUGGAGGAUCAUGAGGCCGUGUGGAAGGUCCAGUCCACAUGGUCCCUAAAAGCCGACACAAGGCUGGUGUUUCGCAAAAACUACGCAAAAUAUGAGUUCUUCAGGAAACCAACGCUCUUCUUCCCUGAAUCUAUGAUCUCGGACAGUGCGGAUGUGGGCAAAGGCUUGACGUCAUCCGAGCUCAUUCAGAAUCUCCUAAAGUCUGGUACGUGUCCUGAAAUCCAAGGCUAUCUUCAGUCCAAAGAGCCCAGUCGAAAGUCCUGGAAAAAGGUUUACUACUUCUUGCGACGCUCCGGCCUCUACUGCUCCUCCAAGGGCUCCUCCAAGGAGCCAAGACACCUGCAGUAUGUGGCUAAUUUGGAAGAUUUGAAUGUUUACACUGUGGUCAAUAGCAGAAAACUGUACGGCGCUCCAACCGAUUUCACAUUCUGUAUCAAGCCUUUGAAAACCCCAGUUCGUGCUCAGGACCUGAAAUUCUUGUGUGCGGACAGCGAACAAACACGGACUUGCUGGACAUCAUCCUUCAGACUUUUCAAGCACGGCAAACAGCUCCAGUGUAACUACCAGUUAUCCAAAUUGGCACCGCAAAGGCGAGAAGCAGCCAAACCUUUCACAGACACAAAAUCAAGGUCAGAGGCGAGUCUGGUGGCGAUGGACUUUUCAGGGAAGGCUGGAGGACGGGUUAUCCAGAACCCAACAGAGGCCCGCAGCGCAGAGCGGGAGGAGGGCCAAGCCUGGAGGAGGAGAGAAGCUCUGAGGUGCAGUUUGCCGAACCUGAACUCUGGCCCCAGACCUUCAUCAAUCCACAAAACGCAGCCCUGGUUUCAUGGCGGAGUGUCCAGGACUGAAGCCCAGAGACUCAUAGAGAGACAAGGGCUGGUGGAUGGGAUGUUCCUUAUUCGUGACAGCCAGCAGCACGCCCAAUGCUUUGUCCUCUCGCUCUGUUACAAGCUCAAGACUAAACACUACCUGGUUAUUCCUUGCGAAGAAGAAGGCAGGAAGUACUACACUAUGGACGAUGGUGUCACCCUUUUCAUCGACCUCCUGCAGCUCGUCGAGUUUCACCAAAUCAACAAAGGCACCCUCCCAGUGUGCCUCAAACACCCCUGUGUCUGUGUUCUCUGACCCCACCCCUGUCCCGGGUCGGUA